AUGAGCAGCGAAAGAAUAAGUAAGGAAAAAAUAGCCAAGGAGAAAAUAGAAAAAGGACAGCACUAUGAAGCUCACCAACUAAUAAAAUCAAUUAUAAACCGGAAACUCCAAAAAAAUCAAGUGAAUAGUUGUAUGAGCAUAAUAUUUUAUUUUUCCCAAAAGCUGGCCAAGGUAGAACAGUACGUUUUACUCUGUGAUUUAAUGUAUCAAUGUUGCACAAUUUUUACACAACAUAAUAUAGGAUUUAAUGAAGAAUAUGCAAAAAAAAUAAUAGAAAUUUUCAAGCUAUGUCCACCUAAUUCUACAGAAGAGAAGUACAAAUUUAUGAACAAGUGUAUUUUGUGGUCAACGAAUGACGACGAUAUAUUUGGAUAUUUAGAUUUCCAUAAAGCCAUUGCUUACGCUUAUUUUGAGGAUAAGAAAUAUAGCUUAGCGCAUAAUCAUUUUUUAUAUCUAGAGGAUAAUGAAAUAUUACAUAAAAUAAUAUGCCUAUGGAGAAAAGAAGCUUACCCAAGUGAAUCUGAUUUUUUUAUUUUAAGAACAACUUUAUGUCUCCUUGUGUUAGAUAAAUUCGAACAAGCACUAGAUUUGAUAAAUAGGUUUGAACCAAAUUUAGAUAGAAAAGAUGUCCCUUUACCUAUUCAAAUUUCUUAUUUAAUUACCUGCUCAUGUAUAUACAGAAGUGUUCCAUUAUACGAAGAUGUUAAGUAUAAGUAUAGACUUAUAUUGAAUUAUGAUCCGGAUUUCCAAAAGUACAUUAAAAUACUAGAUGAUAUUGUAUUUAAUCAAAGGAAAGGCGAUUUGUUUAGCAUGUUCCAAAAUAUAUUUGGCUGA